AUGGCUCGUCAACGCCGUGGUGCUGCUCCUCCUGCCCGUAGCGCUCCUCCGAGACCAGGCGCUGCUCCCGCCCGACCCGCUCCCGCCCAACAACAACGCUCUGCUACCACAGCUGCCCAUCCCCCAGCUACCACAAAUGCCGCUCAACCACCAGCCGCCCAAGCUGCCCCUGUGCAGCAGAGCUCUGGGCCGGGCUUAUUCGGCCAGAUGGCCUCCACCGCUGCUGGUGUCGCAGUCGGGUCUUCUAUCGGACAUGCCAUCGGCGGUUUUUUCGGCGGUGGCUCGAGCGCCCCAGCUGAGGCUCAACAAGCACCUCCACCCGCCGCCGCUCAGUCGAUGGAUAGCGGACUCUAUCAGAGCAACAGCUCCUCUAGCGGCUGGGCUGAGACGCCUGCGUGCGAGACUGAUGUGCGUGCGUUCAGAAAGUGCAUGGAUGAUAACCAGGGUAAUAUGUCAAUUUGCGGGUGGUAUUUGGAUCAGCUGGCUGCUAAGCAGUAUUAA